ACCCUGGGAAGAUCCAUGGAGCAAGACACCAGAGCACCUCUGCCCACCCAGGACAUUGCCUGGGCUACAGUCUCUGUCCCAGUCGCCGGGCUCCAGGGUCCCCAGGGAGACUCCCACCAGGCCUGCUCUCAGGAGCCUCAAAGCCCUUCCAGUGCCGAGGCACCUUACUGCGACCUGCCCCGCUGCCCAUCAGCCCCGCAGGACCCACUCUGCACCACCACUACCUGUGCUGGCCAGUCUGCGGAAGGCCUUGGCCUCAGGCAGGGGCCUCAGAGGGGCCGUUCCCCAACAGCAGCUCCCCCUGCAGCUGGCCCUGCAGCUGCCCCAGGGAACAGAUCCCAGGACCCUGAGGCGGUACCCUAUUUGGAGGGCCUGGCCUGUGGUAGCUGUGACGACAAGGAGGGCCCCAGCUCUGAAACCAGCUCCAGCCACAACAGCAAUACCCCUCAUGAUACCAGCGAUUCCUCUUCUGUGGAUUGGGACACCAUUGAGAGGCCAGAGGUGGUCCCCAACGGGGACAGACUCACCGCGAUGAUCCCGAGGAAGCCUCAGGAGACGCUAAGAGCUGACAGUGCUCGAAAGGUCACCAGGUCCCCAGUCAGAGGAGAUACAGCAGGCCAGAAAAAGGAGGAUUGUGGCAGUGGUGGACAGGGCACUGGCCAGCACUGGGCAAAGCUGCGGGCAGAAAGUGGCUACUUCUCCUUAGAGCGACAUCGCUCAGGGCAAACCCAGGCUUCCACUGGAACACCACCAAGUGUACCUCGGACCACCACCCAGGCUUCUUCUGCUCAAAGGGAUGUUUUCCAGGCCACUUCUGCACAGGAAACCCCCCAAGCCUCCUCUCUGUCCCAAAACACCCAAAAGGACAUCCCCAGGACCUUAGCCACCCAGCGGAGUACCCCUAGAACUUCCUCUCCUUCAAGAGUCUCCCAGUGGGACACUUCUAGAACCAAGUCCACUCAGCGAAACAGCACUCCAUUUUCCUCUCCUGUCAGAGCCACACCAGAGACCCUCAAAACAUCUAUGCCACAAGACGGCCCCCAUGUUACAUCACCUUCAUGUGCCCAAGACUGUUCUCUGAACAGAACCACCCAGCGGGACAACCCCAGGACUCCCUGUGCCCAAAGGGACAACCCCAGGACCUCCUCUCCCAACAGAACCACCCAGCGGGACAACCCCAGGACUCCCUGUGCCCAAAGGGACAACCCCAGGACCUCCUCUCCCAACAGAACCACCCAGCGGGACAACCCCAGGACUCCCUGUGCCCAAAGGGACAAUCCCAGGACCUCCUCUCCCAACAGAACCACCCAAACCACCCAGCGGGACAACCCCAGGACUCCCUGUGCCCAAAGGGACAACCCCAGGACCUCCUCUCCCAACAGAACCACCCAGCGGGACAACCCCAGGACUCCCUGUGCCCAAAGGGACAACCCCAGGACCUCCUCUCCCAACAGAACCACCCAUCGGGACAACCCCAGGACUCCCUGUGCCCAGAGGGACAAUCCCAGGACUUCCUGCAUACCUCCGAACACCCCAAGGACCCCUUCUACCCAAGGAGACAAGACUACAGCCUCCUGCAGCAAGUGGGAACAUCUCCGAAGCGCCUGCACCCAACGAGACAACCCCAGGACCUCCUCUCAAGGCUGCACCCAAAAGGACAACCCAGGACCAUCAUCUCCCCGCCGUGCCACUCAGGGGAGUGGUUCCAGGAACCCUUCUCCCCACCGUACCAACAAAGAUAUCCCUUGGGCUUCCUUUCCCCUUCGGCCAACCCAGAGCGAUGGUCCCCGGACCUCAUCUCCAUCCCGCACCAAACAAAACCAGGUGCCUUGGGCAUCCAUUUCUCUCCGGCCAACCCAAGGGGACAGGCCUCAGACCUCAGCUCCUACCAAGCCAGCCCAAAAUGACCCUCCCCAGAACUAUUGGCCAUCCCUGGCCACCUCCUCCUCCUCCCACAACCCGGGCCAUCUCAGUGUCUCUAGGACUUCAUCACCUCUGAACCCAGCACCACGGGGGGCUCCUCAGACCUCUUCAGAGUCCUCUCAGCCACCAUGUGCAGUGUGCAUUGGGCACCGGGAUGCACCUCGCGCCUCCUCACCCCCUCGCUAUUUUCAGUAUGACCCUUUCCCGUUUUUCCCAGAUCCCCGCUCAUCUGAGAGUGAAUCACCCCACCACGAACCCCCGUACAUGCCACCUGCGGUGUGUAUUGGGCACCGUGAUGCCCCCUGGGCCUCUUCACCACCUCGUCACACCCAGUUUGACCCCUUCCCCUUCCUCCCAGACAUAUCAGAUGCUGAGAAUGAGUCCCCCCAGCACGAUCCCCCACAAUUUCCCCCACCAGUGUGCAUUGGGUACCGCGAUGCCCCCCGGGCCUCUUCCCCACCACGCCAGUUCCCAGAGCCCUCCUUCUUCCAGGAUCUCCCCAGGGCCAGCACAGAGAGCCUUGUCCCUUCCACAGACUCUAUGCACGAGCCUCCCCACAUCCCCACUCCUGUCUGUAUUGGGCACAGAGACGCUCCCUCCUUCUCUUCCCCACCACGCCAGGCUCCUGAGCCUUCCCUCUUUUUUCAGGAUCCUCCUGGGACCAGUAUGGAGAGUCUUGUCCCUUCCCUUGACUCCCUGCAUGGCUCCCAACUGCUGCCCUCCCAAGUAUGCAUCGGCCAUCGGGAUGCACCAAGAGCAUCCUCUCCUCCCCGCCACCCACCCAGUGACUUAGGUCUCCUGGCACCCUCACCUCCACCAGGUAGCUCAGGCUCCCGGGGCUCAGUAGGCCCCGGGGAGACGAGACACAACUUGGAAAGGGAGGAGUACACCGUGCUGGCUGACCUGCCCCCCCCCAGGAGGCUGGCUCAGAGGGGGCCAGAGCCCCAGGCACAGGGCAGCACCGAGGGCCGAACCCGCAGCCCUGGCCGUGCAGAGGUGGAGCGCCUGUUCGGGCAAGAGCGCAGGAAGUCGGAGGCACCGGGGGCCUUCCAGGCUCGGGAUGAGGGACGGUCACAACGGCCCAGCCAAGGUCAGAGCCAACUUCGAAGACAGUCCAGCCCUGCCCCCAGCAGGCAGGUGACCAAGCCCUCUGCCAAGCAGGCAGAGCCAGCCCGGCGGAGCCGAACAGAUUCCCCACACUCCAAGAGUCCCGAGAAACGGCCUGAGGGAGACCCGUGCCUCCAGAGGACCCCACCACCUGUCAGGACAUCAGCCAGGCCCCCUGACAGGAAGGCUCAGAUAGAGAGGCAUCGGGACAGUGGUUGCACUGGCCUGAGGCAGCCUCUGGGAGGGUGGCAGAGUCAGGAGGAGCUGUCAGGAUCCCUAAGUCCUAACGGACACCAGGAGAAGAGCUGGGGCAGAGAGGAGGAGGGCCCAGGCCUGGGGAGCUGGCCAGAACUCGGGGGUCCCAGCCUGGAGGGGAUAUGGAGGGGCCCUCCCCAGGAGCACAGGGAAAGGUGGGGACAGUCAGAGGCCUGGGAAGAACUCCCCAGUAAUGGGAUACAAGGGGGGACCCCAAGGGGCCAAGGUAGCCUUCAGGAGUUGUCCAGGUCCCACCAGCCUACGAUUCCCCAAGACAGCUCCUGGGCAGGCCCAGCAGAAUGCUCGUGUGCCUGGCAGCGUGAAGCCACCACUGCCAUGGGCUGGAGGGCUGAGGGAACACCCCAACAUCAGCAUAGACCCGAAAGGCCACCUGACUUGGACUGGAGGGACCUGCUAGGCCUUCUCCGAACACCUGAGGAUGGGGCCUGGACCCGGCUCCCAAGGCUGGACUGGGAAGGCCUUCUGGAGCUCCUGCAGGCUAGACUGCCCCAAAGGGACUCAGCUGGGCAUUGGCGUGACCCAGCCAAGGCUUCAGGACCAGAGCCGGGUUUCCCAGGCACAGAGGACACCCUGAAGACAGAGUCACAGACCCAUGCUGAAAGAUGGGCCAAGGCUACUCUAGCCAAUGGACACAGCCCUGGGCAGCAGUCCGAGAGCCCAGCCCAGCCACCCGGCCCUGCCUGUACCUCCACCCAGUGGCCAACAACCAGAGUGACAAGUGGACCAGACACUUCAGCCUUGGCUGCUCUGGAACAGACAGGUCGCCUAGAGAGCCACAGCCCACCAGACCUGGCGGUCCAGCCAGAAGAACUGGAGGCGUCAGAACCAAGCCGAGGUGAAGACUCACCGGCUGACCGGAAGCAGGCUGACUCGGCAGACAAGAGCCCAGCAGAGGGCAAGGCUGGGAGCCCACUCAAGGGCCGACUGGUGACUUCAUGGCGGAUGCCCGGGGACCGACCCGCGCUGUUCAAUCCGUACCUGCUGUCUCUGGGGGUCCUCAGGUGGCAAAGGCCCGAUCUGCUCAACUUCAAGAAGGGAUGGAUGUCCAUCUUGGAUGAGCCUGGAGAGUGGAAAAAGCAUUGGUUUGUGCUGACGGAUUCAAGCCUCAAAUAUUACAGAGACUCCACGGCCGAGGAGGCAGACGAGCUGGAUGGGGAGAUUGACCUGCGCUCCUGCACCGACGUCACAGAGUAUGCCGUCCAGCGCAACUACGGCUUCCAGAUCCACACCAAGGAUGCUGUUUAUACCUUGUCGGCCAUGACCUCCGGCAUACGGCGGAACUGGAUCGAGGCUCUCAGGAAGACUGUGCGUCCAACUUCAGGCCCAGAUGUCACCAAGCUCUCAGAAUGCAAUAAGGAAAACACACCACAUGGCUAUGGUACCCAGAAGGGCUCCCUGAAGAUAGGGGAGCAGCGGACAGUCUCUGAGGUUAUCGGCCGCGGUGGUCCUCGAAAGGUGGAUGGACCACGGCAGUCAGUGGACUACGUGGAGCUCUCUCCGUUAACACCAAGCUCCCCGCAGCGCAUGCGCACUGUGUCCCGCUCCACUCCUGAUCGCCCAACCAAACAGGAGGAUCUGGAGAGGGAUCUGGCACAACGCUCUGAGGAAAGACGGAAGUGGUUCGAGUCCACGGACAGCAGGACCCCAGAGACACCCAGUGGUGAUGGUCCUCUAAGGGGCCUGGGUGCCCCUCUAACUGAUGACCAGCAGAGCCGGCUCAGUGAGGAGAUUGAAAAGAAGUGGCAGGAAUUGGAAAAGCUGCCGGUGAGGGAGAACAAGCGAGUGCCACUCACUGCCCUGCUCAACCAAGGCCACAGUGAACGUCGUGGCCCCUCAAAUGACAGCCAUGAGGCCCUGGAGAAGGAGGUUCAGUCUCUCCGUGCCCAGCUGGAGGCAUGGCGUCUCCGAGGGGAAGCUCCUCAGAACGCUCCCAGACCCCAGGAGGACAGCCGAAUCCCCCCAGGCUACAUCUCACAGGAAGCCUGUGAACGCAGCCUGGCAGAGAUGGAGUCCUCACACCAGCAGGUGAUGGAGCAGCUACAGAGGCACCAUGAACGAGAGCUGCAGCGGCUGCAACAGGAGAAGGAGUGGCUACUGGCAGAGGAGACAGCAGCCACGGCCUCGGCCAUUGAAGCCAUGAAGAAGGCGUAUCAAGAAGAGCUGAGCCGGGAGCUGAGCAAAACACGGAGUCUCCAGCAGGGCCCAGAUGGCCUUCGGAAGCAGCACCAGUUGGACAUGGAGGCCCUGAAACAGGAGCUGCAGGUGCUGUCUGAGAGGUAUUCGCAGAAGUGCCUGGAGAUCGGCGCCCUGACAAAGCAGGCAGAAGAGCGAGAGCACACCCUGAGGUGCUGCCAGCAGGAGGGCCAGGAGCUGCUGCGCCACAACCAGGAGCUGCACUCCCACCUCUCCGAGGAGAUCGACCGUCUGCGCCGCUUCAUCGCCUCUCAGGGCACAGGCAACAGCUGUGGGCACAGCAAUGAGAGGAGCUCCUGUGAGCUGGAGGUGCUGCUGCGGGUGAAGGAGAAUGAACUCCAGUACCUGAAGAAGGAGGUGCAGUGCCUCCGGGAUGAGCUCCAGGUGAUGCAGAAGGACAAGCGCUUCACGGGAAAAUACCAGGACGUGUAUGUGGAGCUGAACCACAUCAAGACGCGGUCGGAGCGUGAGAUCGAGCAGCUGAAGGAGCAUCUGCGCCUGGCCAUGGCCGCCCUGCAGGAGAAGGAGGCCGUGAGGAACAGCUUGGCUGAGUAGAGGUCCCUGCGGUUCCGCUCAGCCGAGGACCCUCCAGCCCCAGCGGACCAGCCACCCCUCUUCUCUGACAGAAGUCAGAAGCCAAGCUUUCUCCCCAUCCUGGAUCACAUGUGCACUCACACUUGACACAUACACAGAUACACACACAUAUAUAUACACACACACACAGACAUGCACACAUGCACAUACAUGUACGCACACACACACAUGCACAGACACACACUGCGGAUCUGAGCUCAUCCCUCGCACUGGGUCUUACCUUGCACCUUCUUCAGGAUUUUAUAUGUGAAGAGAUUUUUAUAUAGAUUUUUUUUUUUUUUUUUUUUUCU